AUGUUUAUUCUUCAAGCUUCAUCUAUGAACAUGUUGAAGAUAGUGGCAUCAGUUCUAAUUCUUCUAUUCCCCACAGUAGUAUUUGGGGAGUGCACCUGUGAAUCUGAAGACACACAGGACCACAACAAUGAAGCACUAAAAUACAAGCUAGGCUCCAUUGCUUCAAUUCUUGUUUCUGGUGCUUUGGGGGUGAGUCUGCCACUGCUAGGCAAGAAGAUCCCAGCUCUGAGACCCGAGAACAAUAUCUUCUUCAUUGUCAAGGCAUUUGCGGCCGGUGUGAUUCUAGCAACUGCCUUCAUUCACAUACUACCUGAUGCCUUUGAGACCUUGACUUCACCAUGCCUAAAAGAAAAUCCAUGGGGCAAAUUCCCCUUCACAGGCUUUGUGUGUAUGAUGUCUGCCAUUGGAACAUUAAUGGUUGAUGCAAUGGCAACUGGCUACUACAAAAGCUCAAGCUUAAAGAGAACCCAGGUGACAGAUGAUGAUGAAGAGAGCAGAGUUGGUCAUGAUCAUGGUCAUGCAGGUCAUGCACAUGGUCAUACACAUGGUGCCACACAGCAGGCUAGUAAUGCUCAUGGCUCUGAAGAAUUGAAAUCAUCAGAAUUAAUCAGGCACAGGGUCAUUUCACAAGUGUUGGAGCUGGGAAUUUUAGUCCAUUCAGUUAUAAUUGGAAUAACAUUGGGAGUAUCCCAAAACCCAGAUACGAUAAAGCCUCUCCUGGUAGCUUUGUCUUUCCAUCAAUUCUUUGAGGGCAUUGGACUUGGUGGCUGUAUCUCUCAGGCGCAAUUCAAGUCUCGGUCUGCAGCGAUAAUGGCGGCAUUUUUCUCCCUUACAACCCCCAUUGGAAUUGCAGUUGGUACCGCAAUUUCAAGAGUUUACAGUGAGACUAGCCCGACUGCUCUAAUUGUUCAAGGGACUUUGGAAUCAGCUGCAGCUGGGAUUUUAAUUUACAUGGCUCUUGUUGACCUACUUGCAGCAGAUUUCAUGAGCCCUAGAAUGCAAGGAAAUAGGAGGAUUCAAUUGGGGUCAUAUAUCUCUCUUCUUCUAGGGACUGGCUGUAUGUCUUUCUUGGCAAAAUGGGCUUGAAUGUUUUAGCAGCUAGCAUAUGUUUGGUUGCUGUGAAAUUUGUUCUCCACUGCCUCUAUUAUUUUGAAUCAUUGUGUAGAGUUUUUUCCUACACAUCCUUUAU